UAAUUACUACCUUCACAUUAUACCCCUCUUUAUAACCUGUCAAAAUAACCAUACGUUUUUUGAGAUUUUUCUUUUCAAUUUCUCUAUAAUAACCGAUAAACCAUAACUUUACAACAAUGGCAGAAGCUAUGAAACAAGUCGUAGCAGAUAUGCUAAAAGGAAUUGAAAGAUACAACCCGAAUAAUCUCCCUACGUUAGAGCGUUACGUUGAAAUUCAAUCCAGAGAGAAUGCUUACGAUUUAGAAGCAAAUUUGGCGGUGUUAAAACUGUAUCAAUUAAAUCCGCACAAAUUCAACAUGGAUAUAACAAGCCAAAUCUUAUUAAAGGCUUUAACGAAUCUGCCACACACCGAUUUUAUUCUGUGUAAAUGCUUGUUGAGUGAACGUAAAUUGGUUGUGGAACCUAUAAAUCAAAUUACUUAUUUGGCUGAUAUCCUGGAACAAUGCGAUUUUCAAAUCUUUUGGACGAGGGUUCAUUCGAUGCCGGAAUUAACGCAAAGAAUAACGGGAUUUUUGGAUUCGAUAAGAAAGUUUGUUUGCCAUGUUGUUGGAAUUACCUAUCAAAGUAUUGAAAAGAGGCAUUUGGCUCAACUUUUGGGCGGAGUUGAUGAUAUCACUUUGAAACAUUGGGUUAAGAAGUACGGAUGGAAAGAAGAGGGUAAUUUGAUAUUCAUUUCCAAUCAAGAUGAAAACAUCAAGACGAAAAAUAUUAACGAAAAGAUCGAUUUUGAAAGUGUUGGAGCUAUUAUGGCUGCAAGCCGUUAAUAACUUUUUAAAUUUAAUUUCUUAAUAAAAAGAUCAAGUAAUU